AUGCCAAAGGUGACCUCUUCAUGGUCGCUCCUUCCUCAAUCAGCAGCGGGUCGUUUCCGCGCGAGCACCCCACCUCGUCGCACCCCACCUCCGCCAACGUCACUCUCCCAACGCACUCUCGACAUCACCACCCCACGCACACCAUCGCCGCCGCCGACACCGUCACCGAUUGCCCUCCUCAUCACUGCCCUACCCACCACCGCCCUCAUCAUCACCACUGCCCUCCUCAUCGCCGCCUUCCCUUCCUCGCGACACCCGCCCUCGAUGGCGAUCCGUUUCCAACUCGGCUCGUCCUCCCCGCCAGCAUCCAACAUGCCGUCUUCACCAACUGAGGCGAAGUCGGCGAGAAAGAGCAAAGCCCGCGAGAGAGCUGGAGAUGUCGAGCUCAGAGCCCAAUACAACGAGGAUGCGAGUGCGCAGCUGAUGAUGGAAGAGGACGCAGCCGCUUCUCAGAUGACAGUCGUCGAUCCUCAACACAAGCUCCCCAGACUCAGACGUCUUCGGUCCAAGGUCAUGAUCAACUGCAGCGAGGGGUUUCGCACCCCACCGGAAAGCCCUUCCCAGCAGAGAUUCGAGGGCACCAAUCAGAAAGAGACUGCAUUCCUCAACAACCCCAGAAGCACGCUGUUCUGGCAACCAGGUGUGAUUUUCGACGGCAACCCAGACCACCCGAGCUCUCCUUUGGGCUUCCCCGCCGCCAGCAUGGGAUACCGAUGUGUGCAGUCCACCAGAAUCCCCGCAAAACCUUUGCACGCAACAUCCGCCGGCACUCGUGACGCUGGACGAUACGGCACCCUGGACGAAGAAGAAGAUCGUUUGGCCACUCUGCUCGGUUAUGGAGGAGAGGACGAGAAGGAGAUUGUUGCGCAGCAAGAGGAGGCUCAAGAAGAGCAAGAUUAUGAAGACGCGGAGAGGAGGAGAGAGCUUCUGAUAAUGUGGUGGACGGUUAUGAUCGUGGCGGCCGGAUCUCUCCUCGUUGGCGUGGGCAUUGGCCUUCUCGUCCGGAAAGACGCACACGAGGGUCGAUGA